AUGCGUUCAGGAGGUCACACGGGAGAAAUGAUGAAAAUGGUGUCUAAAUUGAACCUAGCAAAUCUUCAAAGAACAUGGAUUUAUUCCGGUAGGGAUACCGCAUCUUUAAAUCAAGCAAAAUCAGUUGAGCAACACGUGUAUAAAAAUGAUGCUCCAGUUUAUAUUAGAAUUCCAAGAGCAAGACGUGUUGGACAAUCCUAUAUACUGUCUGUGUUCACCACUGUUUACUCAUUUGUCAUCUCUUUUAUCAUUUUGUUGUUUCACAAACCGGAUGUAUUAUUAUUGAAUGGACCAGGAACAUGCAUCCCUAUAGCAUAUAUUUUAUUUCUUUACAAAUUCUUGGGUUUGAAUACAACAAAAAUUGUCUACAUUGAGAGUUUAGCGAGAGUGAAUAAGCUCAGUUUGAGUGGAAGAUUGAUCAUGCCUAUCGCCGACAGAUUUAUAGUGCAGUGGGAUCAGUUGUAUGAGAAAUACAAUAGAGCUGAAUAUUACGGAAUCUUGAUUUGA